AUGUACGUAAAGAGGGUGAAGAUGUUAACCAGAUGGGGCCUAGUCUUGGCAUCCUUCAUUAUCUCGUUGAACUGGCAAGUCGGAGGGACGACAGAGACAGCAGAGACGAAUCCUGAAUGCGGUGACGGUGCAUUGUCUUUCAAGCCGAGUGGGAAUAUCUACUCUCACAAGUCCUACAUGAAUGGUUCCAGCUACCAAGCGAUGAAAUGCUUUUGGCUGAUACAUCUUCCACCGGACCACGGCAUGUUGGUUCAAUCGGUUGAGUUUGACAUCUCUCCUACAUGCGAAGAAGAUCAUUUGGCCGCGUAUGAAGAGAACCAGCAGAGAUCGGCAGACAGUCCGAAUGCAACUUUGGAAGAACAGUUCACCAAAGAAACGGGGAAAUUUUGCGGAACAACACCGGUUCGUAUAGCGACUAAGGCCAAUCGUCUGUUGUUGAUUUUCAGUGCAAAAAGUUCAAACGCUCACAAAGGCUUCAAACUCCGCUAUUCACAAAUACCCAGUGAGGAUGUUGAGAAAAUAUCAGGUGAACGCCAUCCCGAUGAAACUGGAUGCGACCCAUCUUUCGAGUGGCGCUGUCCAUCAUCUUCCACACAGAACGCCUCCGUAUGUGUUAUGAAACAGUGGCGGUGUGAUGGGUUCGAUGACUGUCCCAGUGGAACAGAUGAACUUGGCUGUCUUUCUGGCAAAAGAGUCCCUAGAAGACCGCAACACACUUUGUCCAAACGGUCAGCUAGUGGUGAUGACGAAUCGGAGGAUUGGGGACGCGUUGUCAAUGGUCAGCCUGCGAGCAAAGGUGCUUGGCCUUUCAUCAUUUCUCUCCGGAUGGCUGCGAACGGUGGACACGUUUGCGGGGGAAGUCUAAUCAGCCCUCGAUGGGUACUGACAGCUGCGCACUGUGUUCAGCCGAUGCCGAAUCCUAACCAGUGGUUAGUUGAUGUUGGUCGUUAUUAUAAGGAUGCAGGUGGACCAGAGGUUCAACGUAUUCGGGUUGCCAGAGUUCAUAUAUAUCCACAGUACGAUCCAAAACGCAUUGUCAAUGAUAUUGCCUUACUUCAACUGGCAACGCCGGCAAAAGUCACUGGAGGUGUACGGAUUGCUCCGGUUGUUCGUAAUGCUCAGUUGGCGCGGUCUUUGGUUGCCAACACGCAAUGCAUGGUGGCCGGAUGGGGUGAUACUCGGAAUACCGGUUCAAACUCGGUUCUGCGACAAGCCACUCUUCCCGUGAUAGAUUACAACCUCUGUCGUUCGUGGUAUAGCACACUGACACCAGCCAGUUUCUGUGCUGGAUACCAACAAGGGGGAAUAGAUGCUUGUCAGGGAGACAGUGGAGGACCACUUCUGUGCCACGUCGGUGGACAGACCCUGCAAGCUGGAAUUGUGUCCUGGGGUAGUGAUUGUGCACGUCCCCGUGCCCCAGGAGUAUACACCAAUGUUGCACAAUUUGUGAACUGGUUUUCUAGUGUAUUAUGA